GGCUGGGAACAGGAUGCUGUCAGGCCAAAUAGACGCAUCAACCUAACGGAGAGAAACCGCAGCAGCAUCCUUUGUUUUCUGGAGCUGAAUAUCCAGCUGUAGCACCUGCUGAUAACCUGCAGCACCUGGAGGAGAAAGGGGAGGCGCCUAGUUCCAACAGCCAAUAACAAAAGCAGGGAACAUAGAAGUAGCAAGCAGGCUCCAUCAGGACCAUUGUGCUCGCCAACAGGACAGCUCCAAACUGAUAGUGUGCUGAGCUGAGGGGAGAACUGAAGCAAGCGUGGAGAGGCGGCAGGGCUUUCCUUUCCCACCAUACUCUUCUUUUCCUUUUGCUGUGUGAGCACUCAUCCACACCACUGCACUGAAACACUCUCAUCUCUCUUUAUCCACCUUCCUAUUCUGUCACUGCACUUGUUCUCUCUCUAUCCAUCCAACUUUCAAUCUAUUUUGAUGAUCAGCAGACGUCUCAGUAAAACACCAGUGAAAUCAGUUGUUCAGGUUGAAGAGCUGCAGACAGAGAUCAUCCUACUCUGGCAAUGCAGUAGUAUAUUUGAGUACAGCGGUUCAUCAGCCCCCCAGCCCAGAGUCUGGCUUAGUACCACAGGGUCCCACAGAUGAUGAGGAGGGCCAGGGGGUUCAUCUCUUUCUAGACUUUCUCUUCUCCACCUUGUGUCUUCAUGUUUUGGGGGUCCUCCGGUACCCCCGCCCUCUGUCGACCCCCCCGCACCCGCUGCCACCACGGCCGGCCACCCCAGUCGCCUUGUUGCCAUGCCGACAGAGACUCUGGCUCCAGCCCUGCCAGAUAGCAAGGCCGCUGGCCCUGCAACGGCCUUCGGCUCCGCCGUACCCCUCCGCAUCCUCAAUAAGGGCCCUGACUACUUCAGGAGACAGGUGGAACCUAACCCAAAGCGCCUCAGUGCCGUUGAAAGACUAGAAGCUGACAAGGCCAAGUAUGUUAAAAGCCAGGAAGUUAUCAACGCCAAGCAGGAGCCAAUCAAACCACCUGUACUGGCUAAGCCUCCCGUCGGUCACACCCUCCUUUCCAAAAGAGGCUCUGGGAUCGGUGGAGGAGGAAAUGGAGGGGGGAUACCUUUCAAAGCAUCCAAUAACAAUGCCAAGUCAGACACAUGUGCAACAAGCAGCAGCAGCAGCAAACGGGAGAAUUUAAACCUGGAGAUCCUUAAAAAUCUGCUAAACUCUUCGUCCUCUUCAGGAGCAGGAUCUGAAGGACUAGGAGGUGGCGCUAAGAGUGCUGUGUUGAUGAGGUCAUCAGGGGGAAUGGCUAGGAGCUGGACACCAUCAGGGAUGCCGUUGACCUACCGAUCUACAAUGACACUUAAUGAGCAACCACCAGACUCAGCUCCUAGUCCGAGCACCUCACACUCCCUCAGAUCCUUCUCCCAUUCCCUGAAGGUCCCUCCCAUCAACAGUGGAGGACGUCGCAGUCCACAACAGGGAGCAAACCUCAACCUAAGCAGACGAGGUGAAGGAGUUAUAGAUCGUUCUCGCUCCCCAUUACCGCCUCUUCUCACCUCCCACUCCUCCUCUGACCUCCUGCGCCUGUGCAAUGGCAAGCCACUUCGCACAGCCCGAUCCAGCAGCUCCUCAGCUCCACCCCUCCCUCCAAAACCCAACCCUGCCUCGCUCCCUCCACCUGCACUUUCCUUGUCACUGCCUCCCCCUCGCCCAACUCCAUCCCCUUCGCUCUGUGACAAUACCACCCCUCAGUCCUUACCUUGUGAUUUUGGAGACCCUUCCAAUACUUCAACCGAAGCCAACGUGGAGCUUGAGCUUGGUUCAUCUGUGGCCCGUCGCUCCUCGCUGCACAGAUCUAAAUCAGAUCUGUCAGACCGGUAUGCUCGGGCUGGUGCUGACGUGGAACGCUUUUUUAACUACUGCGGCCUCGACCCAGAGGAGUUGGAGGCAGUUGGUCCAGAGAACUUUGCGCGGGCCAACUCAGACAUCGUCAGUCUGAACUUCCGAUCAGCUUCUAUGAUCUCCUCCGACUGCGACCGAUCGCGGAGAUCCUCCAAUGAUGGGCUGUCAGACGGGGACGAGGACGAGGAGGAGGAGGCUGGGGAGCGUGUUCCAUAUGGCAUCUCGGCUGUAGAGCGAAAUGCAAGAGUCAUUAAGUGGCUGUACAGCAUCAAACAGGCAAGAGAGACGCAAAAAGUCUCACAUGUUUAAGACGAUCCUCUCAGUAGAUUGGAUGUACUGUAAACUACAGACAAACUGCCCCAUGUUUCAGAAUUCAUAGAUGGACCAGAAUUCACACAGGUGUAGAGACUGGGAUCUUGGGGCUGAACAAAAAAAAAAAGUCAAAAUGUUUAGAUGGAUGAAUGACUAGCUGGAAGAGAAAGCAAGACAGGUCUAACAAACUUGGUAAAAAAAAACACAGACAGCAUUUUGUUUAGAAAUUAAUGAAGACAUGAGGAGAAUGACCCUAAAUCACUUAGAUUUAGAACAAAGUGAACACUAAGUACAGAAAGAAAUAAACUUGGACAGUCACAUGAACAAAAUGUUCAGGCUGGAGAGACAAACAAACAUGGGACAUGUCUGAAAACUGACUAGUUUAACUGUUUCUCAAUGGACACUGUAUAAUCCGACUGUCAAUUUGCUUGAGCAUCAAGAGCGAAAUGCACUGCAACUGUCCAAGGACCCAUAAAGUGACUACCUCCAUACAAAGGGUAAUAGGCCUUUCUCACAGAGAACAUUUUGGCUUGAUUAAUCAAAGCAUUGUAAAUGGGAUUAUCUUCCUACAUAGUUUGCUAACUACCUAGCGUUCUAUCUGUUUAAUCCACACUGACUCUGACCUUUGUUCUGCCAUCUCUGUCCUUGGUGGUGCCCACAAGGAGGGAAAUGGGGGCAUGGCCACCUUGGUAUAAUUGCUGGCCCCCCAAUCAGCCCUGCCUGGCAAAACUAAAUAUUGUGUUUAUUGGGGUAUUUAUUUUAUAAGCUAGCACAAUGAUUCUUGUGAAACUAGACAACCAAAGUUAUCCACUGGUACCAACCAUGUCAGCAUAGCUUGUCAGGAAGGGAUAAAAAUUAUGCUACAAAGUUAGGGCCUGUGUCGACAUAGCUUUUUUUUUGCCUAGAGAAGAGCAGUGCACCCAGCACGCUUUUUUGUGCCCCGGCUCUCAGCGCUUCUCGUUGAAAAUCUCUGAACUUUUCAGAAAGGCACUGGUGUCAUCACUGCCACUCCUCUAGCCCCUGAAUGAUAUGUCAGUCAAAAACUGUAAUGACAGAAAGGUCCAUUUGUGGGAGCAGAUCAGCCAGACACUGAAUGUUGCUGCUGAGUGUUGUGCUUUUAUCCCCAUACCUGUUGUAAGCUUGUUAUUAACUGUGUGUUUAACCCUCUAUUAAUGUAGCAUUUCUUUAGCUACCUAGCUAACGUUAAUGUCAAGAUAUUGUUGUCAUAGAAACAUACCCACGUGUAGCAUGUUUGUGUAGCGCUCUGCCUCCGCUUUUCUGCUGAAGAAAAAUGCUAUGUGGGCACACACCUUUAGGCUAAAUUUUGGUGAGGGAACAACUGACAUGGCCAUUUUCAGAGAGGUCUUUUGGACUCUCACCUCAAGAUAUAAAAAUGAAAAUGGGUGCUAUGGGUUCCCACGAGUCUAUACCUAAAUAUGAGAGGGCUUGUUCUCAGUAAAUGUUUUGUUCCUUACAAUCAAUGCACUCCUUUAAAUUAAAGUUGUAUAUUUGUCUUUCUAAAAGUGCAACAUUUAAAGAACAGUGAAUGGCCUAACAUGUAUAGAUACAUAACACAUUAAAAUUACUGUGGGACUCUGCUUUUCUGUCCACAAAAGCAGAUGUCCUGGCAGCAGCUCCUGAAGAGCUGAGAGGAAACCAGCUAUGCAAACUGCCUUCACCAGGCAGACUCGCAGUGAAAAUUUACUUACAUCACACUUGGUCUUGGAGUUAGUGUGGAUUUAUACAUGUGGCAAACUGAAUGUCUGUAUGUUCUCUGCAAUGUAGGAGUAACAGAAGCUUCUAAAAACACUAACUAUGUGGAUUGAUCAGCUUAACACUUUGAUCAGUGUUGGGGCUGUUACUGUCAACAAAUCAGGCUCAAUUGAUUAAGAAUAAUCUGAGUUUUCAUGAUUUUGUUUAUAUGCAGUGCCUCCACUUCCUCACUGAGUGACAAACUAACAGGUGACCUCAGAUGAGUUGUGGUAAUGCUACUGUAAGGCAGUCAGCAAAGAGCUUUUAUCCACAUUUUUCACAUCUAUGGAGUCAAAUCCAACAUUCUUAACAUUACUUAUCAGAAGGUUUGGUGUCAUGAUUAUUUGUUCAGCAUAGUUCACUAGUUACCUCCAUUUCGCAUUAGGAAGGAAAACAACAAUAGUUUAGUUUACUGAUGGAUCAGAGUGACAGUUCAGAGUGCAGUUAAUGAAUGCUGGAGUAAAAGUCACAGCCUGUUGUAGUGAUAGACUGCAAAUUUUGAAUUAAUUACAGGUCAGUACAUUUUAACAAUGCUUGAAAAAGUGACAACCCUAACCAACUUCAGCAAUUGGUACCAGAGCUUCUUUGUAAACUGAAACUUGUUGCUCCUGGUUGGUCAGGAGCACCAUUAACAUUAUUAGCUCCAUCUGUGCUUUUCCUGCAAUAACAAGUCAAAUGUCCACUCUGAGAAAGGCCUGUGUCACAGUGUUGAUGUCUCUGUUUAAACAAGUUUCGAAAAAGGUCCUGACAUCUUUGCAAAACAGAUACUGAACUCUAUCUGUCAAAAAUUAGAAUUCACUUUGGAAAGUCAGUGAUGCUGGUAUACUGUGUGACAAUAAUUAAUCAGCUCAGUUAACUUGAGAGUCCUGAAACACAAAUGCUUGUAAGCUAGCUCUGACUAAGCUAUAGCUCUUGUUAAGCUGGAUAUUGUGAUUGCUAUAAAUGAAGGCCUGGGCAUGUGCGAUGACUGAGUGACAAAGGAAACAGAGGACACUGACACUGAGGGAUUUGGACGGAUACAUACACAAUAUAAAAUAUAGUCUCUUACGCAUACUUAUCCAUACACUAUCAUAUCAUUAUGCUGAUAAAUUAACACAUUUGUCUUUAACAUAUUCAUGUCAACUGACAAAACAUUUCAUUGGAGAGUUUUAGUGUCCUGUGACUGGAUAUGGUUAUUCCACACUAACGAGAAUCAUGCCAUUUAUAACUAAAAGAAUGAACAUGUGUUUUUUGGUAUGAAAAAAGUUAGAUUUGGCCUAAGGUAUAAUAGAUCACUAGUGGCACUAUCUUAGGGCUGGCACACAUGCCGCGUCUUUUACAGCCUAGAAAAUGCAAGGUUGGGUGCUGGGUACUACUGUUGUCCCUACUCUGUGCCAACUUUCAAGGCUGCAGUGAUAGGGUGCACCUGAAUUUAAGCUACCAUAACCAGCACCUAAUCGUAGCCUACUUGCUAGAAAUUGUGAGUUCGGAGCUGAUCUUUUUCCAGAUCUUGUAUUUUAAGUGUGUAUUAGACCUAAUAUAUCCGUUUGACAGAUUGAAUGUUCUGGGUAGCCCUGCACUAAAAUGAUCGACUUCUUUUAUAUAUUUACUACAGAUUGAUAUUUACGGAAGAAAGAAAAGAUAUCUGCCAGCUGUGAUUUGAUGUUCCUCGUUAUGAAAUGGAGUGCCCAUUGCUGCAUUCCAAAAGCUGAACUUUGUUUAUCUCAGGGCGCAACCAUUGCAUCCCAAAAAAUAGUUGUUUGGGAACACUUGCACACCACAACAGUCAUGCUCUUGCUUUUGAGCGCGCCUUCUGUGUGACUUUAUUGACAACAAUGGAUUUUAGGGUGCAAAACUAUGGCAUAUGUGCAGGCCCUUUGAGUGCCUUUACCCAACUUUUGGUUCAGUUUCAAUGAACUGUGGUGCGUUUGCUCAUUUACCUUGGUAUGUUCAGGCUUGUGUGCACGUUAUCAUUCAAACUUGGACAAACUGCAGACCAAAGAAGUGUACCAAGACUGCUUAGGGGGUUUGGUAAGCUUCCAACAAAACUCAAACCAGACUAACAACAGGGUUUUGUGAUAGCUGAUAUGUGUUUUUUUAGCAUGGAUUCAAAAGAUAAACUACUCUUACAUUUCUACAUCCAAUUUUAGAUUUAAAAAACAAAAACAAAAAACAAGGAGCACAUUAAUGUAUCCAAGGUCCUAUGUUUCCCAGUUCAGUAUUCUGUUAACACAAGCUCCUCCUGUUGUGUUCAUGCCACUUUCGUGUCACUGUCUAUCCCUGAAACAGCUUUGGUUUACCUUGCAUAUCAAUACAUAAGACAUAUCAGAGAAAGAGCUGUAAAUAGAUUCAAAUGUUAAAUUAUAACCAACAAGUAAUUUUGCAUGUGCAGGUUUCAGAGCCCCUUUCCAGGUUUUCUUUUCCUAUCCCUAACCCAUUUGAAAAUGGGGAUUUAAUCUGGCCUUAAAGCUUUUUUCUGACCCUUACUUAAUUGGUUAGUUGUUAUUUUUUCAAUUAAUUUAUUCUUACAAUAGUUUUUAAUUUCUUGGGCCACAAUUAAUUUUGGAAGACAUGUGCCAGUACAAUUUUACCAUUCUCUGAGUCAAAAUUUUAGUCCCCUAUCCUAACCCAUGUCACGUUAAGUGAUUACAGAACUGGGGAACAUCUUUCUCAGGUUCCCAUUAUGUGCUGUACAGAGCUGGGAAACAUAGAACCCUUGGAACAUAGGAAAUGACCCCCCAAAAUUGAAGUUUAUAUAUCUUUAUGACUUUUUAACAAGUCCAGAUAAUGAUAGCUGUCUAUCAGGUGAGAUGUCUGUCACUUUACAUAUUCAAAAGAGAAGACCCGUCAUGCUGUUAAGUUUGAUGUCCACUGGGAAAGUGGAAGCUAGCUGGCCAGUUUUGCUAACUUUAGUGCCUCCCACAAUGCGUUAGCUUUUCUUAAGGUUAAGCAAUUGUACUCAUGUUUCAAAUUUGUAAAAUGAAAGAGUGUUAUUAUAUCUCAAGGGUCACAAUUUUAAUUGUAAAGUGUAAGAUCCUAAAUUUCUCCACCUAUAAUGACAGCUGGUUUAUUCAGCAAUAAAUAAUAAACAUUAAUUACAGGUAGAAGAGUUUGCCAAACUACUAAAGGCCACUUUCAGCUGCUGAUCAGUGUGCUGGUGUCUGUAUUUUGUUCGUAAGCCGGAAUGUUAGAUGGGUUCCCUGAUGAAGAAGCAUUACCCUUUAUAACUUCGGUGUUUGAUGGAAUGAUCGAAUGUCUUUAUUCUCUUAAAAAAAGACAGCACUCCAUCAGGGUGGGAGUGUUUCUACAGAAAUGAUGUAGGUCUUCGGUCCUCAAAGUUUGGAUGACUGAGUGCCAAUUUAAGAAGCCAGCAUAUAAUUGAGGACCAUACAGGUUCUGAACAUAAGAUGUUGACCAUGUUGACCUAACAGUUUCGCACAAACUCUCCACUGAACUGCUAACCACACUGAGCAGUUUUGUGAGCUAUUACACAGCUUGCCUGUCUUACACCUUCUCUACUUUGCAUAUGAUUUGUGAGCACUUACUGUUGGGCAAAUAAGUCUUGUUGAAAAUUUUUGAUGUUAACGGUUGUGCUCUUCAUCCAUGAAGUUGUCGUAGGAUUUGUGAUUGGGCUCACAACGCCGUUUAACAUUAAUUUCCUUGAGCAACGAAUUUAUGUCUGUCUCCUGAGGUCCACUGAAGUAAGAGUUAAUGUUAAUCUAUUUUUCCCGGAACUUCCUUUUCUCCUCAACCAUACAACAUUUUCUGUGGUGGCUUUUAUAGCUCACUUCCACAUUAAAUUGUCAUGUUAUCCACUGAAAUCGCUAAUUUUAGUUAGCAGCACUAGCAUUGAUGACCAAAUGUAAUUUUUGCCACACUAGCAAGGCACCACUAGUUGCCAACCAACCAGUAGCUUUCUGCAAGUUUUCAUUCCUAACCUGACAGACACUUGAUAGAGAGGC